UGCUAAAUCACUACCGGGAUAUAGGCACAGUACUAUUUUUACUCGAACUUCUUUCAUUCUGUGCGAAGAUCUCUUGGCAAUCUAACUGCUGUUAACAACAUGAAUCUCUGGCUUCUAGAUUCAUGAAAUGAGAUCGAGGUCUUCAUAGGUCAUUGAAAGGGGGCUUCCCUGACCGGAUGUCCCUGCCAAGUCUCCGUCAACGCGUUUACUGUUCUUCGUCUCGAUCUUUCAUGGGAUAUUUAUACUUCUUUUACAAAGUUAAACAGGUUUAGAACAGCUGGCAGUGGCAUUGGCGUGGUCGGAACAUUACGGAACAUCGAGUUCCUGAUAAUACCGCGUAUGCAGCUGGUCCAGGGUGCUUGCCUAGCCUGAAGCCACCCGCGACGUCCCUUGAAGCCAAGGCUCAGUAGUUAAACUUUACUUGGCUCCGACGAUUUUAAAGUACCGGGAGUUUAAAGAUCGUCUUCUUGGGUGAAGAGUGUCGCCUGAGAUACUCAUUGAGGCUCUUCAUCUGAAGUUCUUAUCUCUUGGGCAUCCACUUUUUUUCAGUUUCGGGCAUAUUUUCGUUGUUUCCUUUGUGUUACGGCAAACUUGGCCAUCAAAUGCUCCAUAUGGUGUCGUUUUAGUUAUAUCUUCGACAGCUUGGAUUCUUGGUAGUAAUUACGAGACAAAGGGGGCUCCACUACAUGGAGAUUGUCGCCUCCUGUAUCCGUGAACUCGAGAUUCUUCAAAAUGAGCCCGUCAUCCCACAUCUGUCAAAUGCUUCCCCAGAGUCGAUUUCCCUAACUUCAUUAGAACACUAAUAUAAUACGAGCUGCUUUUCUCGACAACGGAAGUAGUUGGAUGUAUCUGUGUUUACCUAACGGUCUCUCAUUCUCUCCUCGUUUGCUCAUCCCAAUACUCUUUUUCAUAUCCUCUGUAGAAACCACAAAUUUAGACUGCUGGCUCAGUUCAAUAUAGCCAAAAUGGUUUCUCCCAAUGCUCCAAAUGAAAAUAUUCUUGGAAGAGAUUUUGAAGAAGUCGAUGUCGAAAUUGGCCUUAAGGAACUUCCAGAGAAGGAAGAACCUAUUCAGAACCUCACUUUCUCUGAGCGCUUAAGACAUUUCACUUAUGCCUGGUUCGCAUCGACAAUGUCUACAGGAGGAGUAGCUUUUACUCUUUCUGUCCUUCCUAUCGAAUCGGACGCAAUCCUCACACUAGGAAAAGCUUUGUUUGUUAUCAACAUCAUGGUCUUUUUAACCAUCGUCGGACUCCUGAUCGCUCGUUUUACAAUGUACCCCGGCACAUUUACACAUUCACUUACCAACCCACACGAAGGAUUCUUUUUCGCUACAGGGUUUCUCACCAUGGCGACAAUGAUGACGAACGCUACUGCAUAUGGUAUUCCAAAUACUGGCCCUUGGCUCAUCGGUGCCCUACGAUUAGCGUUUUGGUUGUAUACAAUCGGAGCUACACUCCUCGCCAUCGUUUACUACCAUAUCCUUUUUACUGUCAAGAAACUUGUCAUCACCAAUGUUCUACCAGGUUGGGUCCUUCCAAUCUUCCCUGCCAUGUUGGUUGGUACUCUCGCAUCCGCCAUCGCCAAGACGCAGCCUGUAGAAUCUGCAGCACAAAUGUUGGUGGCUGGCCUCACAUUCCAAGGCCUUGGAAUGAUGUUGGCUAUUAUGAUGUAUGGAAUUUAUUUCGGUCGACUUCUCACUUCUGGACUUCCUGCCGAUGCAUCUCGACCUGCUAUGUUUAUUGCAGUUGGACCUCCAUCCUUCACGGCCCUUGCACUCAUUGGUAUGGCCCAAGAUGCGACAACCACAAAGGUCUUCACCGAAUACUACAACCUUCCAGGUAUUACCAAUCCAGCUGCAAUUCCUGAUAUGUUACAACUCGGUGCACUUUUGUCAGCAAUCUUCCUCUGGGCUCUCGCAUUUUGGUUCUUCGCCAUCGCGACCUUCGCAGCAAUUGAAGCAUUUUCAAGAAACGACUUCCAUCUGAACUGGUAUGCCUAUGUUUUUCCAAACGUGGGAUUUACUAUUGCAACUAUAAAGAUCGGAGAAAGAUUAAACAGCCCUCCAAUACUGGGUGUCGGAACCGCAAUGGGAAUUGUGCUAUUCCUGUUAUGGAUGCUGAUUGUGUUUGCUCACAUCAAAGCUUUCUCAAAGAAGAUGAUAAUGUGGCCUGGGAAGGAUGAAGAUGCCCACUGAAUAAACUCGAUUCAACUUUUAGACACAAUGAUGGGUUAGCGAUAAGGUGUACAUUCAUUCUUUUAAAAAAGCCAACCACGGGACAUUAAUGGACCCAAGGUUUAAUGAGCAUAGCAUAGCGGGCAUAGGAUCAAUAAUUAGAUAUACAGGUCAUAGACCAAAAGUAGAUUGGACCGGUAUAAAACUGGACGGGUGGAGUUUACAUGUAAAUAUUACAGAUUUCUUUCAUUCAAUACACACAUACCACAG